UAAUGUGCUUUUUCGUGACCAAAUCCGUCACGCUGACCUGCUGUGCGCCCCUCAUUCUCAUGGGUGCGCGCUACUACUACAGCAGGAAAGUUAUCCAGAGUUAUCUGGACUGUGCUCUGCACACGGACAUGGCUGACAUAGAGGCUUAUUACAUGACACCCGCAGGCUCCUGUUUCUGGGUGGCAGUGCUCGAUGGACGCGUGGUGGGGAUUGUGGCAGCGCAAGGCCGAGAGGACGACAACACGGUUGAGCUGCGGCGCAUGUCGGUGGACUCUCGCUACCGUGGCAAAGGCAUCGCAAAGACCCUGGGUCGUCGGGUCCUGGAGUUCGCCGUGCGCAACAACUACGCCGCCGUGGUCCUCGGCACGACGGCUGUGAAGUUGGCCGCCCACAAGCUGUACGAGUCGCUGGGCUUCCGUCGAACGGGCCAGAGCGAGGACUACAGGCUCCCCGGGAUGAGCCGCUCGCCGCUGGAGAGGCUCUUCUUCCAGAUCCGCUACAGCCGCUACCGCCUGCAGCUCCGUGAGGAGUGAGAGGUGACAGGGAGAGGGAGAGAGAGAGAUGGAGAGGGGGAGAUGGAGAAAAAGAGAGGGACAGAGAGAGAGAGAGAGAGAGAGAGAGAGAGAGCAACAACCCUCCUUCACCUGAGAGCCCCGAGCGACCGCAUCCUCUCCUCUGACAGCUUUUAUUUAUUUUGUGUCAUUAGAGAUAACUUCGAGUACUACUUAACACUUCUACUACUUCAUCUUCAAAGUCACUAACGUUUUCAUUACUAUUACGCUUUUG